CCAUCUUGUCGCUGCCUGCAGGUGAAGCGAUGGGGGAGGAGGGGGAGUUGUGUUCAGUGAAGGAUAGAGGCGAGGUCCAGUAACGUUGCGUAAAGACAAAAGUGGACAAAGAGAGGCAAACCUGCGGCUCCACAAGUAUAAUUAUAACGUAACAUAGAUAUAAAGAUAUAAAGGAUAUUGUCACAGCUCAUAUCUCACAUAAAAAUAUAUCGAUAUUUUUAAAAAACACAGCCCUGCUUGCCCCCAGACGCCUCCUGCUGGUCAUUGGCAGAAGGGUUGCCUGCGCGUGCGUCCUCAACUCUGCUGCUCCACCCACAAAUUCAUCCUCCUCACUAGUGAGGCGCCGUGUCAGAGGACGUAAGUCAGCUUUUCAAUAGUCUAAGAUUUGUUACUGAGAAGCACCGUUGCACAAAUAAUCAGCCAAAGGCAGGUUUUCUUACCUUUUGUCCUGAGUAUAGCAACUAUUGUGGCUAUUUCCUUUUUUUUUUGGAUGCUAUAUUUCUUAUUUCUUUUUCUAAUAUUUUCUCUAACAAACAGAAAGCAGCCUUUCAAACAGAACAAGUUCACUGCACACAGCUGUAGUCCCUCGGGCGUCGCCUGCCCCUGAGACAUCAGAACAGGAAGAAGUUGUUAGCACGAAAAUAAAAUUUAAUUUAAUAACAAUCUCAUAAUGAUGAUAAUACUGAUUUAAAGCAUUAACCCGACACUAUCAGAGCACUUUGUGUGCUUUUAUUCCUGCAUGCUAAGAUCAGUGGAACUGAUGUAACGCACAUCUGAUUGGUUAUUGUUACGUGUGGUCUGAACAGGAUGUUGUGAUCAGCAUUUAGUGCUGCUGAGUCUCAGUCUGCUUGCCGGCGUUAUUAGAGGCGCUGAAGAGCUCGUGAUUAGACGUGUUGGAACGUCUUUUCAAAAAAAUACCCGCGGCAGCGAUGGACAGAGUCAGCCUGCUGUGGCGUCUGAGGCGGCGGGCUCGCCGCGGCGUGCUCUGCAUGACCUUCUUUUGCAUCUCCAUGGCUCUGCUCUACGCCAUCUGUGCUGAAAACAGCGUGCCCGUCACCGACGCCAUCUUUGGCGUCCGGGCACGAACCCGCGCGCAGCCUCAUGCGCACAAUGUCAUCAAGGUGCUGCGAGGUGGAGCCAAGCCCAUGUACAAGGACCCUCAGAAGCUCCCGGGCGUCAUCCCAGGCGACCCUCGCCGUCCGAUCCCCGUCCUGUCCUCGUCCAACCACAGCCACGAAGCCAGGGAUUCGUCGUCGAAGCGGAAACAGCGGGAGCCCCCGGGGUUUUUCAGCCGGCUGCUGCCGCGCCCCUUCACGCGAGCGCUGGAGACCCUGUUCGGGGGCCGGCGGAAGGGCGAGCUGAGCGGCAGAGGCAGCGACGCCGAGUUCUUCGGGCCUAACGGGCUUUUGGGAGAGGUGUGGGACGACGAGAUGUCCAGCAGCAUGCUGGGAACCAGGAUGAAGAAGGUGGUGCAGAACUACCAGGCGAUGAACAAAUACGGAGUCGAGCUGUCGGGCCCCGGCGGCGUCUCUGGCACGCCGAAGCUGAGCGGUCCCGAGCUUCUCUGCCAACUGAAGGACAAAGUAGAGGUCGCGACUUUGACCCCUGACCUCCAGCCCUUCUCCUUGCUGCCCUGGGCCACCCAGCUGCCUCCGCAGCAGCUGACCUCUGACCUCGGACCCUACAAGAGCUGUGCUGUGGUGUCAUCGGCGGGUUCGCUGCGCGACUCUGGGCUGGGCAAAGAGAUCGACUCACAUGAAGCUGUGCUGCGCUUCAACGCUGCGCCCACCACCGGGUACGAGAAGGACGUCGGGUCCAAAACCACCAUCCGCCUCAUCAACUCACAGGUGAUGGCGUCUGAUGACCACCGCUUCCUGUCCAGUUCUCUGUACAGCUCAGGUGUUCUGGUGGCCUGGGACCCCGCCCCCUUCUCUGCAGAUCUCACAAAGUGGUUCAACAGGACUGAUUACCCCAUCUUCGCCCAGUACCAGAGGUACAGGAGGCUCCACCCUCUGCAGCCCUUCUACAUCCUGCAUCCUCGCUUUGAGUGGCAGAUCUGGCAGCGAAUACAGGACAACAUGGCCGAGCCCAUCCAGAAGAACCCGCCCUCCUCCGGCAUGCUCGGCACCGUCCUGAUGAUGUCGCUGUGCGAGGUGGUGCACGUGUACGAAUUCCUGCCGUCCCGGAGGAAGACGGAGCUCUGCCAUUACUACCAGCGUUUCUACGACGCCGCCUGCACGCUGGGCGCCUACCACCCACUGCUGUACGAGAAGAACCUGGUUAAGCGCAUGAACCAGGGCUCCGACCGCGACAUCUACACCAACGGACGCGUCACGCUGCCCGGCUUCAGGAAGCUGAACUGCAGCCAGACUGCUGGAGGAGACCGCUGACUGCAUCAACGCACAAAUCUGAGUCCUGCAUGAAGAUGAGCCGACGCAUGCAAACCUCAUCCUCACUACCGAACCACAAAGAGCGCUCUAUAAAUAUUUCAUGCUGUUAACACACACACUGGAGUCCGAUCAGCUCAUACAUGUGCUGCUGUACACACAUCCCUGUGAGGUCAUUGGCGCGUGAUCACUGGAUGCUUCUUAGUUGCCCAAAUUUUGAUGUUCAUGUUGACCUUAGAGGAUAAUUCUGGUGGUUUUCAAGGAAUCUCAGUGAUUGCCUUUAACUCAGGGGUGGGGAACUCCAGGCCUCAGGGGCCGGCGUCCUGCGGGUUUUAGAUCUCACCCUGGGCCAACACACCUGAAUCACAUGAUUAGUUCAUUGAUAGGCCUCUGGAGAACUUCAAGAUAUGAUGAGGUCAUUUAACCACUUAGAUCAGCUGUGUUGGAUCAAGGACACAUAACCUGCAGGACACCGGCCCUCGAGGCCUGGAGUUUCCCACCCCUGCUAUAACUGCGAGGUGGAGAGCGUACGAGUGAGUGACAGACCACCAAAAAUGUCCUCUGAUCAAAAAGUGCAUAUUAAUAUGUUCCAGGACAGAUUCCCUGACAUCCAGCCUGUUUUGAGGGGUCCAAAAUCAUUUCUUCCUGAAGUUAAAAAGCAGAUAAAAUCAAAAAUUUAGCAAACUGGGUCAUAAAUAUCAGUCGUGCGCAGGUCCAGCGACACCGUCUCUGCUUGUGUGUUUGUGUUCUGGUUUCUUGUUCAGGCAGCAGGAGGCCGCUGUGCCUGUGUGUGAUUACAUACGUGAUGCUUACACACCUCACUGAACCCGUUUAUUGAAGAAGAUACUGCCUGCAGAUGAGUUUACUUCUAACUUAACCCAAAAGGUCACUUCGUAGGUUUUUUACACACUUUGUGAGUCCUGCCAUUUCCAGUAAUCUUUUUGUAAUCCUCACGUAGUGUAAAUAUUAUGAAAGUAUUAUAGGAGGAGGGUCUUUACUGUGAUAUCAGCAUUUGAUUUUUCUCCAACGUAAAAGCCCCACUCGGUUUAUAUGGACAUGCUAACUGAUAUUUUAUUUGCAGUAUUUGUUUCUUCAGUCCGUGACACACUGAGCUCGUGGCAAAAACAUGACACAAAAUCC